AUGGAGGCUUUUGUCCCUCGACAGGUCUAUCCUCACCUGUCCUCCAUUCCGAGAUCGUACUAUCUAGGCCACCAUGCGGCUGGACUCUCUAAGAUGAAAUCCCUGGUCUCUCAGAUCGAUCUGGUCAUCGAAUGCCGCGAUUACCGCACCCCCAUCGUGUCUCGAAACCCGCUGUUCGAAGCGAACCUUGGAGAACGACCACGGUUGAUUGUCUAUACCAAACAAGACCUCGGGAGCAACUCGACAAGCGCAGACAGGAAAAGAGAAAACAUAAUCAGAAAAUGGGAUGCUCCCUCCACGUCGUUGUUCACCGAUAUCAAGUCUCGGUCGACAAUAAGUAAAGUCCUAGACUUUGCACGAGCUCAUGCCAACCACUCCACCUCGCUCUUUGGGACUCGUUUGAUGGUCGUUGGCAUGCCCAACGUCGGCAAGUCUUCGCUUCUGAAUGCGCUUCGAAAUGUCAGUCUCGGCAAGAAGAAGGCCGCCAGGACAGGGGAUCAGCCCGGAGUCACGAGAAAGAUCGGUACGAGCGUCAAGAUUAUUGAAGGCGACGAAGGCAGAGAAGGCGUUUACGUUCUCGACACGCCUGGAGUUUUUGUCCCUUACGUACCUGAUGCUGAGAGUAUGCUCAAGUUGGCACUCUGCGGCAGUGUCAAGGAUACCAUAAUUCCACCGACGACCAUCGCAGACUACCUCCUCUUCCACCUCAAUCUGAAUGAUCCGACUCUGUAUGGUAUGUUCGCUGCCCCGACCAACGACAUAUUCGUGGUCCUUGAAGCACUUGCUCGCAAACAAGGUCGCCUGAAAAAGGGCGGCCUCCCUGAUUUUGAGUCUUCCGCGUUGCAAUUUGUCCAACGCUGGAGAAGUGGUCAGAUGGGUCGAUUCAUCCUGGACACCGUAACCGAGGAUGCUCUGACCAAACGAUUAGACAUGCUCACCUCGUAUGGUGGCAGUCUACACCAGGCUCGCAAGGCGGCCAAGCAACUCAGAAAAGAAGCUUACCUUGGAGGCGGUUGA